GCAUGAUGAGUCUAGCACUUCUAGGAACAAGGGUAAUUUCCGUGAGUUGUUGGAUUCGUAUGGCGCAAGAUGCAAGGAGGUAGCGGAUGUGAUCAAUGAAAAUGCUCCUGGCAAUUGUCAAUUGACAUCUCAUGAAAUCCAACAAGAUAUAUCACAAGCAUGUGCGGAAGAGACUAUGGAAGUCAUAAUGAGUGAGCUUGAAAAUGCUAGCUUCUCUCUACUUGUUGAUGAGUCUCGUGAUGUAUCGGUUAAAGAGCAAAUGGCUGUGAUGGUGAGGUUUGUCAAUGGAAAAGGAGAGGUUUUGGAAAGAUUGCUUGGAGUUAUGCAUGUUGUUGAUACUAGAUCGGCUUCUUUGAAAGCAUCUUUGGAUGUAAUGUUUGCUAAGCAUAAUUUAUCCAUGUCUAGAUUAAGAGGACAAGGAUAUGAUGGUGCAUCGAAUAUGCGCGGGGAGCUACAUGGUUUAAAAACCUUGGUGUUGGCUCAAAACCCUCAUGCUUUUUAUGUCCAUUGCUUUGCCCACCAAUUGCAGUUGGUGGUUGUGGCUGUUGUGAAAGGUGUUCUAGCUAUUGGUGAUUUUUUUGGCCACUUAAAUAAGAUUGUCAGCAUGGUGAGUGCCUCUUGUAAGAAGAAAGAUGCGUUGUUGCAAAAGCAUCAUGAUCAUAUGGUAUCACUGCUAGAGAAUGGGGAGAUCUUGCCAGGAAGAGGCCAACAUCCAGAGACAAGUUUAGCAAGACCAGGUGAUACACGUUGGGGGUCACACCAUAGAACUCUAAUCCGGAUUCAUCAAAUGUGGGAUUUAGUGAUUUCCGUGCUUGAUAGCAUUUCUCAUGAUGGGACAGAUGCCGAGGAGAGAGGUUUGGCUUCAGGUUAUAUGAUCAACAUGGAAACCUUUGAAUUUGUUUUUAUCUUGCAUUUGAUGCUUCGAUUGCUUGGUUUAACAAAUGAUCUAUCAUACGCAUUGCAACAAAAGGAUCAGAAUAUAGUUUGCGCUAUGAACAUGAUUGUCUCUGUGAAAAGUCUAAUGCAGAAGUUGAGAGAUGAUGGAUGAGAGACUCUCUUGAUGGCCGCUACUAACUUUUGUGGUGGAAGAAAUAUUGUAGUGCCAAAUAUGGAUGAUAACAUUUAUGCUAGGGGUUAUCCAAGGAGCUCACGCAAGAUGGUUACUUGCUUGCAUCAUUACAAGAUACAAAUCUUCAAUGAGGUGCUUGAUAGAAACAUUGUUGAGAUGAACAACAGAUUUGGCGAGACUUCUACACGCUUAUUAAAGUGCAUUGCUUGCCUUGAUCCUAGAGACUCAUUUAGCAGAUUUGAUCAUGACAAGCUAGUUGAGCUUGCAAGUAUGUAUUUUGUUGAUUUCUCUUCACAUGAUUGCUAUCUUCUAAGUGACCAACUGAACAUAUACAUUGAUGUAAUGAAGAGAAGCCCCGAGUUCUUAGCUUGUGAUAGUCUAAGUGGUCUUGCUCUCAAGUUGGUUCAAAAUGGACAUCAUUUGAUAUUUUCAUUGGUCUAUCGCCUCAUUACACUUGCAUUGACAUUACCUGUGGCAACAGCAUCAGUUGAGAGAGUAUUCUCAGCCAUGAAUAUUAUAAAGACAGAUCUUCGAAACAGGAUGGGUGAUGAUUGGCUCAAUGACUUGCUGAUUUGCUAUGUUGAGAAAGAGAUAUUUACAAAAGUUGAUGACAAGAAGAUUAUGUUGCGUUUUCAUUCCUACAAGGAACGUCGAGGUCAUCUACCUCGACAAUUUCGUCUUCCUGGCAUAGAUACAACUUGAUGGUAUGAUACUAGUUGCCUAGUUUUUAAGUUCUUAUUAUUUUCAUGUUUUUGCUAGUUGUAUUUCCUGAAUUGUGAAAACUGAAUGUUCGAAGCCAUGUAUUCUGU